AAUGGCAGGAGCAAGUGGUAUAACGAGGAGCAUCCCAGCACAUGGACUCAAUGGUGGGGUCUUCCCUCCUUGCUCAAACUCUGCUCUCUUUACAAAUACACUCUUGUCCCAGUCCACUAAUGGCCAAGAAGCGCCUGUCAAAAAUAGUGUCCAGUCCAAUGGUCACAUUCUUCCUAAUGGUUUCCAUUCAUCUCCAAUAAUUGCUAAUGCUAAUGGUCAGUCACCAAAUCAAGCAAAUAAUGGUGUCUGCACCUCUUCCAAUGGAUAUUAUGGAUUUCAGUCAACAAGUGCUGAAGCUAAUGGAGGCAGUGAAGAAUGCGACAUGGAAACGGAUGCAUCUCCUGUAAGCAUUAGUCAGAAUGGAUCGCCCAAUGAACAGAAGAUUGGAGUAGCAACAGGAUUUGUAAAUGGACAAGGAAGAACCCCAAAUGGUCAGGCAGACAAGAUCACUUUAGAGUUCACAAAUGGGGAUGUGAUUGGCACAGUUCUUGGGUUUACCAAUGGACACUCACUAGGAAAUGCCUCUAGAAUGGCCAGUGGAGUAAAUGGAACAUGUCCAAAUGGCUUGGAUGGUAACACUCUCAAAAGCCAUAAUAAUUUGGGACAAGACAUCACCUUGAACCAUGGGAUUUCUCAGAAUCACAUCCCAGUUGCUGGCUGUAAGAGGUCCCGGGAGGAAGGUUUUAUCCCCGAGAUCAAGAGGAUGAAGACUGAGGACAUUGCUUAUUCACCCAUGAACAAAAGGAGCACAGACUCACACAAACGCUCCUCCAUUAUCCCAAAGACGGAGGGUGAUUUUCUUGUUGCUGUUGAUUGUGGUGGUGGUGUCGGUGGUGGAGAGGCAGGGGCUACUUGUAAUGGGUUGGACAGGGUUAGUGGGGAAGAUAAAGACAUGGAAACUGUUGUUGCAUCCACUUGUGAGUCAUCCAGAGAGGAAAGGACAUUGGGUGAAGGCAGUGCCAGCAUCACACACCUUGAGAAGGGAGCUGGAUCAGAGAGUGAGGAAGAAAGGCUUGGGAAACCCCAGCUGCACCCUACAACAGCAGCAGCGGCAGUAGUUCCUGUCUCCUCAUUUGGAGCUUCUGGCCCGUCAAAUGGCUCACCAGCUCCUGUACCUGCACCUCUGCCUGGGUACUCAGGAAUGAUGGGCUGCCUAGAUGCUCACUACCCACGCUGUCUUAUGGGACAUUACUUUUAAGAUGUGACAUUGAAGCCCAUAGCCUGUGGCUCUCCCUUGGUGAAAACCUUCUCCCUUGGUCCACCUGCUGCAGAAGUCAUCCCUACGUUCUCUUCAGUACUGGAUCACUCACGCACAAUCAAGGCAGAGAUUGGUU